ACCAAUUCCAAGAUGGCGGAAAACACGGAGUCGGAAAAGGCAGAGAAACGUGGAUCAAAAAGACCUUUAGUAGAAGAUUACAGCGAUGAUGAUGACGAAGAAGAGAAAAAGAGAGUUAUAGAAAAGAAGGAAUAUCAGAGUAGACAUUGUCCUUACCUGGAUACUAUUAACAGACAUGUUCUUGACUUUGACUUUGAGAAGCUAUGCUCAAUAUCCUUAUCACAUAUCAAUGUCUAUGCAUGUUUGGUCUGUGGAAGGUAUUUUCAAGGUCGUGGACGGCACUCCCAUGCAUAUACUCACAGUGUUCUGGUGGAUCACCAUGUUUUUCUUAAUCUGCAUUCACUAAAGUUCUACUGUCUGCCUGAUAAUUACGAAGUAAUUGAUUCUUCCUUGGAUGAUAUCAAGUAUGUACUGAAUCCAACAUUCACAGAAGAAGACAUCAAACAAAUGGAUUCAUCAGCCAAGUUAUCCAGAGCCUUUGAUGGCACUACAUAUCUACCUGGUAUUGUUGGCUUGAAUAAUAUCAAAGCCAAUGACUAUCUAAAUGUUGUUCUCCAAGCUUUUGCUUUUGUUCCACCAAUCCGAAACUUCUUUUUGAGAGAAGAAAACUACAAAGAUAUCAAGAGACCUCCUGGAGAUAUCAUGUUUCAACUAGUUCAAAGAUAUGGAGAGUUGAUAAGAAAAAUAUGGAAUCCAAGAAACUUCAAGGCACAUGUUAGUCCUCAUGAAAUGCUUCAGGCUGUUGUUUUGUGCAGCAAGAAGAGAUUCCAGUUUACUGAGCAAGGUGAUCCUGUUGACUUCCUUUCAUGGUUUCUAAAUGCACUACACACAACACUAGGAGGAUCCUUGAAAAAGACAAACAGUGUGAUAUUUAAGUCAUUUCAAGGCCGGAUGAAAAUAUUUUCCAGAAAAGUUCCACAAACAGAGAAUGAAGAAGAGAAGGCUAAACAAAUGGGUGAAGAGGAAUAUCAGGAGAAAGUUACAGAAUCACCAUUUCUGUAUCUGAACUUGGAUAUACCAGCUUCUCCUCUUUUUAAGGAUGAACUGCAACAGAACAUUAUUCCUCAGAUUUCCAUUUUUUCACUUUUGUCCAAGUUUGAUGGAACAACUGAAAAGGAAUAUAAAACCUACAAAGAAUUAUUCAUCAAGAAGUUUGAGAUUACAAAACUUCCUCAGUACCUAAUCACUUGCUUUAGGAGAUUUGCAAAGAACACUUUUUUUACUGAGAAAAAUCCAACAGUUGUAAACUUUCCAGUCAAGAGCCUUGAUCUAGCCGAGUAUUUAUCCACUGAUCCUAAGAUCCAGGAUGCUCAUCCACACACUACAUAUGACCUUGUUGCCAACAUCUGCCAUGAAGGAGAGCCAGAGGGUGGAACAUAUCGACUGUUUGUCCUGCACAAAGGUGCCAAUAAGUGGUAUGAGUUGCAAGAUCUGCACGUCAAGGAAAUCCUUCCACAAACCAUCACCCUAUCAGAUUCCUACUGUCAGAUUUAUGAGCUUCAAAAAGAUGUCAGAAAAGCAGAAUAGGGAGCUGAUAACUCUUGGACACCUUCCAGCAAUAUUGUCUCCAGCAUGUCUGGAUUAAUAUGGUCUAAUCUUAUAUACAUGCACAGUAACUGUUCUUUAGUCCAUGAUGAACAACUAAUUGACAUGUCAAUAAACCCAAAAUCCUACUGAAUCAAUGUGCAAAGCAUCUAUACUUUUUUAUUUUAUUGUUAAAAAUACUCUUACAGUAGGUCACUCAAUAAAAACAUCAAAACCAAAUAAAAAAUAGGCCAUACCCAAAAAAAGGUUGGUUCUUAGUCAUUGUUUUACGGCUCAUGCGUCUGCAAUCAAACAAAACAUUGUCAUUAUUACAUAGCGUUAAAUAUAAUCUUCAGUGCCCCCCCAAAGAUUUUUAGCUUCCGCUGCCCCYGAUCCAGUAAGAGUAAUGUAAUAAUUUACUGCAAAUGGCCUAUAAUUUUGUUCCAAUAAUCUAGUAUGCACAGUUCUGUAACCCAUUAGUAUAGUUAGUGAGAUGUGAUCAUCAGCUUUAACGAAAUGCCCCCUAGCUUCCCCCAUUCUUUUGUAACUGCUUGUAUCAAAUAUAAGAUCGAUUGAAAUUUCAUGUGAUUUGAAAAUAUACUUUUAAAGGAAAAUUAUGCCAGACUUUUCCCUCUUUACUAAGUGUAUAUUUGAUGGGUUUUUUUGGCUCAUUUUUCUUGAUUUUUGGCUUUCAAUGGAAUUCUGUGCAUAAUAAUAUGGUAGAUUGUAUUGAAGAAUCAAUUUCUGGGGGGAGAGAUUUUUCUAGACGUUUGUCAUUUUAGAGACAUUGAGCUCAAAGGGUCAGUGUCAAGUCUUUGAGGUGGCGCUGUUGCAGGGUCACCCUUGCACAAUAUACAUCUAUUUCAAAAAACAUCAUCAAAGGUGAUAGGCAACUGAAAUGGUUUUGUUGAAUAUAAGAACAUUGAAUCAGUCUCAACACUAAGGUCCAUGUUCUUGACGAGAAUAAGAAGCAGAAACACUAGUCAUUCCAGCUAUUCUUGGAUCUUGAAUGACCUAUCUCCUGUUGCUUUAAGYCUAUCACCUUUGGCGAUGAGGUUUUUUGGUUUUUUGAUAUAGGUGUAUACUUAGGAAGAGCAAAGCAAAUUUUGGAACAACUUAAGAACAUGAUUUUAUGGCAAUAUUUUAUUACCAAAGUGUUCUUCAACUAUCUAUCAACAUGCAUAGAGGUUUUAUUUGUUUGUUAAGAAUUUUUUUACAAACACUGAAUCAUAGAAGCAUUGAUUAGUAAAUAGUGUCCUUUGAAGUUUGAUUAGUUCACAAGACUUAGACCUGUAGUCUAUGGUACCAGUCUAAUAGGUUCAUCUAAUAUUACCACCCUCUGGAACCAUGGUCAGGUGCAAAAAAAAUUACUUCAGCUGUACAAAGUUACAUUUAAUAUUCACAAAAAUACUAUAAAAUGAGAACACAAA